UGCGGAUCGAACUCACGGACGGUCCAGAUCAAUUCGAACGCACAGGACGCUUUCUUCAUCGCUCGAUCCUCACCAGUCUCUGCACGAGAGCGUGUGGUUCCAUUUCCAUGGCCUCUCCACAGAACCUCCUCCGUCCAUCAUCAAGGAUUCUCGUCUUGUUCCUCCUCCUCCAAAGCUCCGUCAACGGCGACCCUCUGCAGCGGCUCGAUGACCCUAAGUCUUGCCCUCCUCCGUUCACAUGCGUGGACGGCCUCACCGUCCGCUACCCUUUCUGGCGCCAGAACGCGCCGUCGUUCAACCACUCUUCGUCCUCCUGUGGCUACCGAGGCUUCAACAUCUCCUGCGACGACGACGACGACACCGCCGUGCGAACUCCGACCCUCUACCUCUCCGACACUCUCCUCCACGUCAGACGCAUCGACUACCGCAACCGCACGGUCACGCUAGCCUACGGCAUCCAACCAGCGGAGUCCACCUGUCCCCUCCCGCCUCUCCAUGGCGUCACGGUCCCGGUCGCUUCUCCGUAUAGCUACGGCAGAGGCACCAGGUUCCUGCGGUUCUUCCUCAACUGCUCGCUGUACCCACCGUCCCCGCGGCCGAUCGACUGCCUCGCGUGGGGGGAGCGGCGGUCCUACUUGUUCGCGGCAGACGACGUGCCGGAGUUCGACUGGCCGGGGUACUGCGAGUCGGCGUCGACCGUCCCGGCGAGGAGCGCGGGAGAUGGGGCGGGGGCUUCUGUGGUCGUCGAUUAUGGGAAGGCUCUACGAGACGGGUUUGAGCUGACGUGGCACGUGGAUGGGGAGUGCGGCACGUGCGAGGAUAGCGGCGGGCUUUGCGGUUUCUCGUACGGUGGCGAUGUGAGGAGGAAGAGCUUCUUCUGCAUUUGCUCCGACGGACGUCGUCGUCGUUCGGGUGGUUGCCACGGUGAUCUUGUUCCAACCAAGCUGUUCAAAUAUGAACCCAACUUCGUUGCAACCGGUGCGCUUAUCUCUGGUGUUCUAGUCAUGGCUACCGCAAUUUUCUAUCUUCUCCAACAGAAGAAAGCAACCAUUUACAGACCAAUUUCCACUGGGAGUCACAAGCUCCAGGAAGCCUAAUGUGUUUUGC